UAGACAAUUGGAGAUCGGUUUUCUGGUCGCGAGAAUUAUGGAGAGCAGGAGGGCCGAAGUAGGGAAGCCGAUGAUGCUGCUGUUAUGCGGCACCCUGGUAUACUAUCACUGUGCCUACCGGAAUUCUAGCCUCGUUUCUUUGGUCUCCGAUGUCUUCAUCGUUCUCCUCUGCUCCCUCGCCAUUCUCGGCCUUCUCUUCCGUCAAAUGAACAUAUCGGUCCCAGUCGAUCCACUUGAAUGGCAAAUAACUCAGGACACUGCUAAUAGCAUUGUUGCGUGGUUCGUUAAUACCAUAGGUGCAGCCGAGUCUGUAUUAAGAGUUGCAGCAACAGGGCAUGACAAGAGACUGUUUCUAAAGGUGAUUUUUUGCCUUUAUGUAUUGUCUGCUUUAGGAAGAUUGGCCCUGGGUGCAACAGUUGCCUAUGCUGGAUUAUGCUUGUUUUGUCUUUAUAUGUUUAUGGAGUGUUCUCAUUCACUUAGCUCAUGUGUGGCCUGGUUCUUGGGAAAAAGAAAUGACAACGGGGAAGAGCAAGACACAAUGUAGCAUAUUAGGUUUGCACUUGACUUGUGGUGCAAGAUUUUGUGUGUACAUUGAAAGUUAGCUAAUCACCAAUCAAAUAACCUAUUGUGAAUGAUUUACUUUGUAAAUUAUAAGGAUCAGAGGGGAUGGUUAUGCUGUUAAGUAAACUGUUGAAAAAGCCCGAGCAGGCCGCUUGACAUCAAUGGCAAUCCUUUUGACAUGGAAAUAGAAACAGAUGAGUUAAUUGUAAACAUGUGUUAUUCUGGUUAAUACUAUGCUUGUUUCUAUUCUCA